AANCCCACUGAUUUCUUCUUGGAUACAUUCGAAGUUCCAAUUGUCUUCGAUACUCCAGCUCUACUGCAGGACCUCAGUGUUUACGCGGAAGAGCGUCAGAACAUUCUGGUUGAAGACAGUCCUGAAACCCUUGCCGAACUGACGACUUCUUCUAAUCGAUCUGUUCUGUUCCUUCGCAUUCAGUCAGCAGCCAAUUUCUAUACUACCGACAAGGCUUUGAUGCAGAAUCCUCCCCCUGUCUACGUCGACAUAAGAGUCAAGCUCAUCAACUCUGACCACAAUCCUUCGAUCUUGUCGACAAUGCAGUCAGUGACCCAACAGGCUCCACGCUCUUUCCGUGGACUGCCCACCGAGCUCAUCCUCGAGAUUCUCAGCUAUCUUGCACCAGAUGCCCUCAUCUCAUUCGGGUUCGCCAACUAUCAUCUGCUUCUCAGACACUCUCUGGCCUCACUGCUAUCACAGACCACUAUGACCCGUCUCAUCCGUCAAGCAGCAGUAUUCUCCAGAAACCCUUCAGCUGGCCCAACGCUUAUUCCUCCUGAAGUCUAUCUGCAGAUACUUCGAAAUUCUGAGCCUAGUGAUGCCAUGAACUAUGCCAUGGCGAACUAUCUGGCAUUGGCUCGGCAAGGCAUUGCACCUCCAUUGUCACAGGACACGCUGCGUCGCUUGAAUCGCGCGGUUAGACGUGGACUAGGACCAGGACCCAAUACUUAA